GCGAGGGAGAAAAAAAAUACUGAAUUUAAGCCCGAGCCACUGCCCUGAAGUCACUCCGAGAAACUGCAUCACACGUCUCUGCUUCAGGCAGGAAAUCACAGACAGCAUGGGAACGACGCGCUUACACAGGAUCAAACUUUUGCUUCUAUUUACUUUAACAGGGGUAUGCACAGCUCAAAAUGACAUCACCCUGUCAGUGUUUACGGUGACAUCAAAGAGCAUGACGGUGCAAUGGAGCGGCCACUCGGGUGCCAGCUCCUACAAGAUCACAGCCACCCCCAAGAACUCUCCCCAGCAGCCGGUCUUUGCCCAGUUCAGCGGGAACAUGGUGAUGGGCUCAGUGAACUCGCUGUCACCAAACACAGUGUACACCAUGCAGCUGGAGGCCAUGGACAAUGCUCUCAAUGUCCUGAGCAGCGCAGAGACGGAGGAGACAACGGCUCCUGAUGUUCCGAGCAUUCAUCAGGCGUAUUCCAAAAACAGCGACAGCAUCACUGUUGAGUUUGAAGAAGUUUCUGGGUCCACCAGUUACAUCCUGAGAGCAGAGUCAAAGUUUGGCGAUUUCUUCUUUGAAACCUCCGUGCCAGGCUCCCCGGGCACCGUGGUCGGCCUCCAGCCCUACACAGACUACAUCCUGAGCGUCAUGUCCGUCAACUCAGGAGGGAGGAGCCAGCCAUCAUACCCCAUCGAGGCCAAGACAGUCGUCAUCGCCCCCAAGUUGAACACAUCCUCUCCUAGCAAUGACUCCAUCCAUGUGACCUGGCCCCCGGUGGAGCAUGCCGUCCUCUACACACUGAUCAUGAUCCGAGAGGGCUCCAGCAACCGCCUUGUCCUAAACACCACUGACACCACGGUGACGUUCGACAACCUUGAAUCAGGAAUUUCCUAUUGCAUCAAGGGCAUGGCAUGGAACGCUGAGGGUCAGGCCGGUGACGACCUCACUGUCUGCCAGAUAACUCGUCCUCUAAGCCCAGAUGUGACCCACGUCCAGGUGACUCAGGGACGGUCUCUUGGAAUUGCUGUUUACUGGAUGAUGGUCCAAGGGGCUUCCGGCUACUUCGCCUUUACUUCCAAUGGCCAAAACUGUACCACAGAUAAUAGCUACUGUUACAUCGUACCGCAGGAGUGCGGUCAGAACCAUACGGUUUAUGUCGUAGCCUACAACGACGCUGGACCCAGCAGCCCCUCACAACCGGCUAAGUACAUCACAUACCCGUGUCCCCCAGAGAACAUCUGGGUGGAAGAGUCCACCCCUGGGAACUGCUCGGUGGUGUGGGAGGAUGUGCCCCUGGUGGAGUACUAUGUGGCUUUCAUAAAAAGGGAUGAUGGGAAUGAGAAGUCGUGCAACACCACAGAGACGACCUGCCCGUUUUUCUGCAUGUGUGGCUACACGUACCUCACCAGCGUGUUUCCCUACAACCAGGCCGGCACCAGCCUCUUCGCACAUGUCCGCAACUACACAACCAUUCCCUGUUGUCCUCAGGAUGUAACCGUAGAGCUGGUAUCCACAGAGACACUGGAGGUCAUGUGGUCGCCGGUCAAGGGGGCCGAGUUGUACGAGACCACAGCGGCGCAGCCUAACAACGUCCUACACUGCAACGACACAGCGCCAGUCUGUGCUCUCUCUGACCUGAGGUGCAACACGCCUUACUCUGUGACAGUGACCCCCUGCAGCGAGUUACGAGGAUGCAACCGCACCUGCACCCCACACACACAUGAGACAGCUCCCUGUGCUCCAGAGAUCCUGAAUAUGACUCAAACCUCUAACUCUACCUACCGAGUACUGAUAACCACCCCAAACUCCCCCAAUACAAACUACACCGUCACAGCAACAGGACGAUAUGACAAACACGUGUGCAAGACCAGAAAUGACUCCUGUGAGCUCACACAGCUGCCUUGUGGCGCGCUCUACGAGGUGACAGCUGUGGCCACCACCACAGUCGGAAAAAGUCUGCCUGGAUACAGCCAAGCUCUGGAAACAGGUCCUUGCUGCCCUUCGACUGUGAACGUGAGCCAGGUCACCCAGGCCAUGACCAAUGUAACUUGGUCACCCAGCACCGGAGCCCGCUCCUACGUAGCCUCCUUGAUGUCCCCGCGUGGGAAAGCCAAAUGUCACACCCUGGACGCCCACUGCCUGAUGGGGUGCAUCACCUGUGGCACCAACUACAGCGUCCAACUGGAUGCCAUCAGCAGCACGGGACACAAGUCCCAGUGCCAUUAUCGAGGGUUUUCCUCCAGUGCCUGCUGUCCGACAGGUGUAAAGCUCUAUCGCCGCACUAACAACUCGCUCAGGGUGUACUGGCGUUCUUCGAACUCUCAGGCGUAUAACCAUACAGUGGAGCUGUAUGGGACGGGAGCCAACUAUACCUGCUUUGCAGCUGCAGGCAGCAUGCACUGCGACAUCCAGGAGGGAACCUGCGGGGACGUCUACACGGUCGUCGUAGCACCAGUGGGAGAGUACGGGGUCCAAGUGACAUUCUGCCUCCCUAGAACGUACUCAGUUCCCUGCCCAGGAAGUAAUGCCGGUAUGGUUAUCUCUCGGAGACGACGAAGUUUGAAGUAACAUGGGGAAGAUCAUCUCACGCCAUCACACGACAAACGCCUUUGUUUACAUUCAUUGAGACUGUAAAAUUAGUAAAAAUGUAAAACCUCAGAGAAACUGUUGUAAAACAAAAAUCUGCAUAGAUAAAGAAUGUACUUUAUAGUGUAAUAGUAUCAAAAAGCCAUAUGACACACAAUUAUGAGGAGUUCAAAGCGAAAUUGACUGUGAGAAAAUCUUUGUAGGAUAUCUAAAUUAAAGUUAUCAUUUUGUUGAUUGAAUAGAAAGGUAUGUUUGCUUAACCUUUACAUAUUAGAGCUGUAAUUUUCUAUCAAAAUUCCUUAAACAUAUAAUGAUAACACUAGAAAUCAAAAGCUUAAAAACUGGAAAUUAUAAGAUUCUCCCAACACUCAUAUCUUAAGUGCUACUUUUUAAAUAUUGCUCUAACAAUUUGAAAUUUUUUUAAGGUGUGUAAAAAUAUAUAUGUCAAAAAGAUUUGCUAGGACCUCUCCAAGUAGAAGGCCUCCACAUGGCUGCAGAACGACGGGUCUCUGGUCUGAGGCCCUGACUUUGAAACUGGGACAGAUGGCAUCAGUCCCAUCCGCUCGGAGUCAUGCGUGCAAUGUCAAGUGGAUGAUACAUCUGAUCAAAUGCCUGGAGACAGACUCAGUGUUAUCUUUGCUUUCACUGGAUGUGUUCAUGCUUGUUUGACAGAUGUAAACAAUAAAGUUUUUGCAUCA